UCUCAAUGUUCUCGUUAACUGUAACCUGUAAUAAAAUGUGGACAACCUUGAUCGUGAUUUUUGUUUUUGGAACGACCAGUGGACUUGUUUCAGCUUCGGAGCCAAAAAAUUUACCGCCUUAUUUAACCCCUUGCAAGAAAGAUGCACCCAAUUUUGAUGCGUGCUGUUUAUCAUCGGCACGAGCAGGCUUACCCAGUAUAGUUAAUGGAGAUAAGGAAUAUGGUAUUCCAAAUUUCAAACCGUUGAAAGUUGAAAAAGUAGAGAUUAAUACUGCAACUUUGAAAGUCUUGAUCGAGGAUAUGGAUCUGUGGGGAUUGGAUGAAGCUGAUAUAAAAGAUUUUAAAAUGGACUUGACAAACAACGAAGUAAGAAUCGACUUCCAUUGUCCUCAAAUUAAAAUCUUGGGAAAAUAUAAAAUGGAUGGCAAAAUAAAUUUACUCACAUUGAAUGGAAACGGUGAUGUCAACAUAACCCUAGAACAACCAGAUAUCAGUUUCUCUAUCAACUACAAACUGAUUAAAAAAGGAGAUUUUGAUUACGUGCAAAUGCAAGAUAGCAAAAACAUAAGCUAUAAUAUUCAAAAGUUAUAUAUUAAUUUCGAAAAUUUAUUUAACGGAAAUGAACAGCUCGGUAAAACAACAAACGAUUUUCUGAAUAAGGAAUGGAAAUCCCUUAUUGAAGACUUAAAUCCAACCAUCAAAACCACAAUAAACACAAUUGCAGUUUCUAUUAUCAACGGUGUUACAGCAAAAAUUCCUUAUCAAAAUUUGUUUUUGUGAUUGUUAGAUUUCUUAUGCCUUGUUCGAAUAAAUAUUAUUAACUUUU